ACGUGACCUAAUGAUCAGCAUGCCUCGAUCUUCCAACACUUCGGGUCGGGUUUCCGUCCUGGCUGGUCGCUCCAGUGCCACUAAAACGAAGGAAGGUAGCCGUCCGAGGUAAACCAACUGCUGAAGCGUAGGGCAGGGGGUGCCUGCAAUAGCGCGGGCGACUUCAUCAUUCAAGUCGCCAAUUGUCUGUCUGACUGAUUGUCCACCAGACAACCCCUACUGUAAUCCGAAACAUCACGCGACGCAACAUAGCGCAAGGAAUCCAAAGACGGCGAACUUCUUCUUCCAAUUUGCUUCGACGAGACUCUGCUCUCAAGUAGGCCGUCCCAGCGAGGAAUCACGUAACCGGUCGGUUCGCGCACAAUUGCACGUACAAGUUGCCCACCAUGGCUACCAAAGGGAUGUGGGAGAUAGACCCGGAGACGAAGUCCAAGCUCGCUGCGAUGCAGAAGGAGAACAACAACAACAUCUGCUGCGACUGCGGUGCCCCAAGCCCGCAAUGGUGUUCACCAAAGUUCGGCAUCUUUAUCUGCCUCUCGUGUGCGGGCGUUCAUCGCGGCCUGGGCGUGCACAUCUCCUUCGUGCGCUCGGUUUCCAUGGACGCCUUCAAGCAGGCCGAAAUUGAGCGCAUGCGGCUCGGCGGCAAUGACACCUGGCGCACCUUUUUCGAGAACCAUUCCGACACCAAGUUGCGCGGAAUCAGCUGGGACGAUGCGACGAUUGCGGAGCGGUACAGCGGCGAUGUUGGCGAAGAAUACAAGGAGAGGCUGAGUGCCAAGGUUGAGGGGAGGGAGUACGUGCCUGGGGAGAAGAAGCCACUGGCCCAGCAGCAGGAAACAAGUCAGAGUCCAAGCAGCGUGGCUGGUGGGGUGCCAUUGAGCGGCACGAGCAGUAGGACGGCCAGCCCUAAGCCGGGAACGACGAUCAAGGUGGACGACAAGUACUUUGCUAAACUGGGUGCUGCCAACGCCAGCAGACCGGACAAUCUGCCGCCUAGCCAGGGAGGAAAGUAUCAGGGCUUUGGGAACACAGUGUCGUCGCAGCCAAAGAAUGAUGGCGGCGCAAGCUUGCCGGGUCUCGAUGAGUUGCAAAAGGAUCCCGUGGCGGCGCUGAGUAAAGGGUUCGGAUGGUUUACCAAGACAGUGACCCAGACGGCGAAGACGGUUAAUGAGGGUUAUAUCCAGCCUACAGCUAAGCAGAUAGCCGAAUCAGAGCUCGCUGCAAAAGCCCGUGUUGCGGCAGCGCAAGCCGCCGUUUCAGCACAGACUGUAGCACAGGCUGGCGCCAAAACCGCGACAGAGAGUUUCAACCGGUUUGUCGAGGGAGGACCUUCCAACUCCGCUGGUGGUGGCUAUAGGUCAGUUCCCUCUGGCGGUGGUGGCAGCAACUUUGACGAGAGCAAGAGGUCGUUUUGGGAUGACUUCUCUAGCGCGGCCGACCAGAGAAAGCCAGCCGGUAGCUCAAUCGGGACAGCAGUUAUGGGCAAGGGUGGAAGCAGCGGUAGCUCCACUGCUCCUCCCCCAGCAGCUUCCAAGAAGGACGAGUGGGAUGACUGGUAGAUGGCUUGUUGACCCGUAGCGUCAUUGGAUGAAUAGUGAGGUGGAAUAGUGGUAAUGGAAUCAUUUACAGCCUAUGAUUUUUGUCUUUUACUGUAUUGUCAUUUGGGCUGAUCAAGGAGGUCAACGGUGUUGUGUUCAAGGUGAGACCGACUUGGGGUGUUGAGAUGCAAUGGUCAGGGUCAGGGUAGGGUAGGUAAACUAAUCGAUAUUUUCGAAUCGACUCCGGCGUCGGAGGAUCCAGUGUACGGCGAGGUCCCGUCGCUGAGACCAGAGAGGUGUCUACAGAAAUUGGUGAGGUCAAGUGAUGGCUCAUUGCUCUAAGCAGUAUUAGACUUGAUAACGAUUUCUUAUUUUCGUCGAGUCACUGAACCAAGAAUAAGACCAAGUGCAUUGGCAGU